GGAAAAGCUGUUGUAAACAAACAUGGCGGAUGCCAGCUCGACAAAUGUUUUAAACAUCGACAGUUUACAAACAUUAGAGCAGUUACAAGAAGCUUAUGACAAACUAUGUGUAGAAGAAACUAAAAUUCAGAAUUCGAUCAAUGAGCUAUGUAAACAAAGAAUACCAGAAUUUGAUACUAGUUCUCUUAAUACUGUCAAGUCAGACGCCUAUUACUUGGCUAAGGAGCUUCGUUCUACAGCAACUCUGGCAGACGGAGUUAGUUGCAAAGUAAGAAAAAUUGAUGAGGCGGGAAGCAGAAUAAGCGCCUGUCUUCGUAGAGUAGACGAUAUUCUCGACUUAAAAUUGUGUGCGGAUGGGGUAAAGGAUGCUCUCAAUGAAGAAGACUACGAGCUCGCAGCCUCACAUAUAAAAAGAUUCUUAGCUCUAGAUGAAGCGGUUUUGAGAAAAAUGGAUACUAGUAGUGCUUUAGAAGCUUCUCUAAAAGUUUUACACGAAGCUCAUGAAAAACUUAAGAGUGUUGUUAAAGAUCGAUUGAACUCAGCUGCAAGAAAUGAAGACACAGCAACAGUUGAAAGGUUUUUCAAACUUUUCCCACAAUUAGGCGAACACGACACUGGUUUAGCUACAUACUGCACUCAUAUAAGUAAUCGUUUAUCGAAGAUUAUGGAUGCAGACGUUAAAGCUGCUUUGGACAAUAACGUUAGAUAUCAUGUUAAAUUUGCUGAUUCUAUUAAUAUACUACUAGAAGAAGCUGCAGGGUUAGUGAAUACUCUAGAACCAUUAGUCAAUGCAUAUUAUGGUUCUGACCGUUUAAAGGAUGCUCUAUUACAUGUCCAAGCUGAAUGCGAUAAACACGCUUUGACACUUUUAACCUCAUUUGAAAAUGAACGGAAGUUAAACGAUUUAGACGAUGCCAGACAAAUUGAUCCUGUUUUGGCAGAAAUAUCAUCGUUAUCAUAUAGAGCCCAUUUAUACGCAAGAUUCAUACAAAGAAGAGCUCCCGAUAUGCCCGAAAGCAAAUUAUCGAGGAGAAUACAUGAUUUGAUAUCGUCAUACGUUGCUUUGGAAGAGAGAUGGAUGACAGAAAGCGUUUUUAAGGCUAAACAAAUGGAUGGUACAUUUUCUUUAAAUACAGCAACAGUUUCUUCAUUUGUAGAUGAUAUAUUCUAUGUACUGGAAAAGUGUAUCACUAGGUCUUUAAGUACAGCAAGUGUUCAAGCUGCCUGUGCAGUUAUUAACAAUGCCGUAACUUUACUGGAAAGUAAUUUAUUAGAAAAUUUAAAGAUUAAAUUGUCUUCGGUGGAUAAACAAGUUUUAGCUUUAUACGCAAAUAAUACCCAAAGGGCAAUAGAAAAUGUUAAAAAGUUAAAAUCGAAGUUCGAAGAUGAUAGAACGGUUAAGGAAUCUGCAAAAUUGACAGCUGUUGUUUGUGAAUUAAAUAGUUCUAUGUCAAACUUUACCUCUUUACAAAAUGAAUUUUGUGCCAAGCUGCACUUGAAUGUUGUAAAGGCAAAAAUAGUCGCGGCAAUUGACUUUUUUUCAAAUGUCAGUCAUGUUUUAAAUGAACAAGAUUUGGAUUGCUACGAAGUGGACGAUCCUUGGACGUUUCAAGCUAUAGCUACAAUGGAUAUGGCUUUUAAAUCUUUGCAGGAGGAUCUCUCUACCGAGAAUUUUGAUACUCUAAUUAAUCAAUCAGCACAUGAGUUUAGUAUCAGACUAGAGAAAGCCAUAUUAAGUAGAACAUUCAACAGACUCGGAGGUAUGCAACUAGAACGUGAUUUACGAACUCUUCUCACUUAUAUAACAUCUUUAACUUCUUGGACGGUGAGAGAUAAGUUUGCCAGGAUUCAACAAAUGGCUCUCGUAUUAAGCGUUGAAAAUGUUGAUGAACUGAAGGAUUAUUGUGGCGCAUCAUCUUCAUUUACUUGGCGAUUAUCGCCAAAUGACGUCAGAAGGAUAUUAAGGUUAAGAAAGGAUGUUAAAGCUAGAGAUAUUGCUGCUUUGAAAUUGGGCUAA